CUUGGAAGAAAAUAACACCAGGCAGGGAAGUGGCAGGCAAGGUACCUCCUCUGCUCGACGUAAACUCUCCCACAACCGACAAGCAGACACACCCAUGCCUGCCCGCUCCAAACAGCAGACUGUUUCGGUUUCCUUUGACAAAGAACUCGAGCUGAGUACCACGAGGCAGAAUUUUCACCUCGCCUUCUUUCCCCAAAACACAAGUCUUGCACAAGGUCACCACGCAGUUUUGUGUGAGGAACUGGAAUUCUCCCGUCCUGCUUUCCGCAGCCACCUCUAGCCUGCACCUGGCCCCUUUCAGGGGGAAAGAAGCGGUGGCCUCCUGGCCCUCCUCUGUGACACCAGCUAGGCCUCAGUUGAACCCUUUGGCCAUUUUAUAUCCAGAAGAUUUUUCUUCUAUGUCCACUUUGAUACUUCAUGUCUCCAAACUGACUGUAUUGUAGAUCAAGUGCAGUAGCUUUUCCCAGUUUUCAACAGCUGGGGUGGCGCAGGAGGGAAGCUGUGGAGAAACCAGGGCUGGUGUCUUAGGUGGGAUUCCCUCGAAGCAGAAUCUGAGGCAAGCGGUUGGGAGCAAGUAGUUGAUUUGGAAGGAGACAUCAGGAAACAGUGUGAUAAGAGUGGAGGACGGACAGAAGAAGGAGAAUCAGUAAGGUACUUAGCAGCAGGCUACCCUGGGGGACUAGAGUGCAAGCCCGGGAGUCUGUGUGGACUACAUUUCAUCACUGUCCCACAGGGCAGGGGCUCUCAGAGCCUCUCUGAGGUUGGGUUACUGUCUCUCUCGCCAUACACAUAUUCAUGCACACAUGCACUCGUGUGUGUGUGUGUGUGUGUGUGUGUGUGUGUGUGUGUGUGUCAGGGCUGUGCUGGGAUUGAACUCAAGGCCUGUCACUUGCUAGGCACAUGCUUUUCCACUAAGGAAAAGGGCCCCAGCUCUGCACAUAUCAUUUAUAAAACAAAAGUAAGACCUCACCUCACUAUGCCCACUGGUUUUUUCAUUCAGCUCCAGUGGACGUCCUUCCACAUUGGUAAAGAUAUCCUAUACCAAGACUGUCAACAGCUGAAGAGCAUUCCACUGUGAGGCUACACAGCCCUAGGACAUUUGUCAUUUCCCACUCUGGCUGAAAUAAACUCAGAUGUGAGGAAAAGAUGGAUCUCCCUAAAACAUGGUGGUGCAUAUCACCUCUUACUCCUCUUGCUCAAAACCCGUUCACAGCGCCACUUCCCACGCGGGGAUGCCUACAUUCCAUAAUGUGGCAUUUGAGUCUGAGUUACUUGCGUCUGCUCCUCUACCACCCACACAGCUGCGGGUCAUUUCAGGCCCCGUCCGUCGCGGCACCUGCACCUGGACUGUCCCUUCUCUCUCGUGCUGCCUGGCCCUGUCCCAGCGCUGCCUUCUGCAGCUCCCCAUCCCCCAGGGACGGAGCGCGCCCGCCCCUCCUCGCUGUCCCUUCUUCUGCGCCUCCCGCACCGGGGAUUCUGCGUGAUCUGGGGUUUCCGCUCUCUUUUGACGGCCUGUCUUCACUUCCCUGCAGCGCUGCCCCUGGAGCCAGACGGGCAACUUCACGCAGCCACAACCCGGCCCAGUGUUUGUUGGCGUGGCCACAGGGAUGGCUUCCGUCCUGGAAUCAGGUGGAGGAGUGUGUUCCGCUCCCUGGGGGCCUGAGACCACGGGAUCUCAGCUUGCCGGAGGCGACUGCAGCGGCAAGGCCAACAGAGACAGCGAGGGCACUGCCCCUGAGCCCCUCUCUGGGCGACAGGACAAAGGCGCAAAGGCGGUGGCAGGGGUGGGGUGGGACUGCCAGGAAGGGGAGCUGAACCGAAGCGGGGAGCGGGGGAAGGGCAGCUCCCCGGGCGCUAAUCCCAGCUUCCUGUCCGGAUUUUCCUUGACGGCUGCUCCGGCCUAUCUUAGCAUGGUCACAGCUGCCGAAAUAGAUCUCCCCGCCUCACCUGUUCUUAAGCAGUGGAGACCUUGCUAACUUCCUGCCAGAAGAAUGCACGCUUUGGUAACUUUUCCAGUAUCGGGGACAGGCCCGGGGACUGCCCUCUUUCUCCGCCUCCGGGGGCCAGAGGCUCACCUUCGCCGGGAAUCAGGGCGCAAACGGCCGAGAUAAAGAACCGGACGUGCGCUUUUGGCCAGAGCUCCAUCCUCCUCUGUGAGUUCGGCCGGUGUUUCCGAUCUGGUCUUCAGAAGCUACACGCCGUCCACGGAACAUCCCUCUCCCGAGUGGCAGGGAGCGAUCUGAGGCCCUCGGCACCCGCCCGGCCCUCACACCCAGGUGGCCGCUAUGGAACUCUGCACCUGCUGAAGCCAUCCGCUGAGCUGGGGUCAACCUAGCAGCUCAUGUAUUCAACAGACACGGCCUCCCCGGCCCAGUACUGGGCGUGAGCGAUGGUGACAGGCACCGGGAGGAGUGAGACACAGUGCUCCAGAAGCCCACCACAGGGCAGGGGGACUUCAGCCCCAAGAAGUAGAAGAGCAGAUGGGAGCGAUUAAAAACUAUGCCCCCCCCCCCAAGCGGGGUCAGGCCCGCGCAUGCGUGAGAGGAGCCGUGCGCUGGCGUCGGCGUUGCCGCGGUAACCCAGACCCGCGAAGCCUGGCCAUGGCCUCCGGGGCUGGCGGGAGCUGGAGUCGCGUUCCACUGCAGAGUGCAGCCCCGACGCCCUCGGUGACCAUCCUGCAGCCCCUCCCUUUGGUCGUCUCUGGCCCGCCCCCGCAGCCCGGCCGUGUGAAGGAAGACCUGCUGGAGUUGAUGUCGCUGCAGAACGCGCAGAUGCACCAGUUGCUGCUGAGUCGCCUGGUGGCAGGGGCGCUGAGGCCUGAGCCCGACUCCCCAGGUCCGCAGGUCUACCUGGAGGGGCAGCAGGGAGAGCCGGAGGAGGAGCUGUGUGUCCAGGAGGACGCACCUGUGGUGGUCCACCACCACUACCUGCCCUACCCGGUGCCCUCCGUGGGCCCCUUGCCCGUCUGGCCAGCCCUUUUCUGUCCUUUUCUCCUGAGCCAACCCUCCUGUCAGGGUAUGCCCAGGAUCCAGCACCAGCCCCCUCUCUCUGGGAAAAGGAAGAUCAGAGCUGUGCCCCCGCCCCCGCCCCCCAGUGCUACAGAGACCGUGGGUGCAGAUGUGCCUCCAGCUUCAGACUACUAUGAUGCCGAGAGCCUGCUGUGAGGGUGGCUGCUCGUCGGGGUCCUCACCAGCGCCAGUGCAGGCCUGAGAGCAGCCCUGUCGUCUCCACCUGCCCACUGCUAUCUGCUGACCCUGCACGCAUGCUGGCAGCCUUCUCCUCUGGGGGUGCUGGACCUACCCUCUCCACCCCACUGCCGUCUUGGACCAGCCUGGAAGACACCCUUCAAGCCCAGCCAGCGGCCCAGAAGCCCUGUGAGCCCUGCUCUGCCUAGACCAGGGAUUGCUCCCCUGCUAAAAGUCCUAGCCCACCUCUGUCCCUUUCUCCUCUGGGAUGACAAAGGCCGUGGGGUCACCUGGGUUAAGAAUAGGGCAGGAAGCGUGAGGAAAGGACUGCUCCUGUCUCCUAAGCUCCUUGCAGCUCCCUGAGUUGGGGAAGGGUUUGAAGCUGGGUCAGUGUCCUUGGGACCCCACCGGCAGCCCAGAGAGCUGACCUUGGCGCCCGCAGAGGCCCUGCUGUGUCCCCCCUUUCCCCCAGGAAUGGCAUGAGGUCCUACGGGGCCAGGUGGGAACAGUGUCCUUUGCCUCUGCAGGCCAGGGUGUUUCCUUGCCCUCCCUCAGUAGCACUUAGUCACCCGGGCCAGGUGAGAGAGGUCCUCUGGUGCCUGGGCUGGCCGCAGCCCUGG